GGUCUUAUCUCCCUGGAAAUAAUGGGUUAAAGCAUAUAAGGAAGUACCUGUGUGGUCAGCUGCAAGGGGAGUAAAGUCCGUGAGAGAAGACAACAGGGAAGUUCAUUCCUGGUUAGACUGCAUUUCCUCCUGACGAGCUGGUUCACCGUUUGUUUCUGAGUUUGUUGUUGGUGAAGAAUUAGAUGUGGUUACAGAAGAACUGGUUGUGUUGAACUGCACCAGAGAAAUGGCCGGUGAACCACAGAGACAAGGCUCAAGGAAUGGUUACCCUGGCGAGCAGCAGUCACUGAGGUUACGACGGGUUUCUUCUCGAGUGUCCAAUCAGAAUUACCCUCAGUUCACCUGGAACUCGCCCCCCGCGGAGGAGGAUGAGGAGGGCAACAGUGGAUCGCCCCGGGACCUCAGGAGCAUCCCUCUGCCCAUGGCUCUGAAAAGAGCUGUGAGGCAGGUGCAGCAAAUGCAGGUGCCGGUGGUUUCCAGCACAGAGUCCUGGAAACGCAACAAGACCAAAUCUCUGCGCAAACUCAAAAACAAUGCCAGUGGAUUUCUCUAUUUUUUCGCACCAUGGCACAAGACUUUGCAAAAGAUUGGAGGAAACUUCGGAGGUGGUGUCCAGUCUUACUUCCUGUUCCUGCGAUUCCUGGUGGUCCUCAAUUUUGUUUCCUUCUUACUGAUUGCUGCGUUUGUCAUCAUCCCCAGCAUUGUCUUCAGAUCUGUGGGCUCCAACCUCGCUAACAGCACCGGUCCAGAGGACUGUAUGGAAUAUAACCCUAAUCCUCAAGGCUUGGAGGUGUUCUAUAAUUAUUUCCUUGACUUACUUUCGGGAACGGGUUUUAUGGAAUAUUCCUACCUGUUUUACGGCUACUACAACAACACAAUGGUUGAGGACAGGAACUUCUCCUACAACAUCCCCCUGGCCUACCUCUUCACUGCUGUUUUCUACUUUGCCUUUUGUCUUAUUUGUAUCAUAGCACGCAUGGGGACUGCAGCUCGAGUUGCUGUGGCAACGGGAGGCAGCGCUGUGGGCAACUACAGCAUGAUAGUGUUCACCGGCUGGGACUUCGGUUGCCUGGGAGACCGAGCUACUAGACUGAAGCAGAAAAACAUCCACUACCGGCUGCAGGUGGAUCUGGAGGAGGAGAGCAGAAACAAACGGGCAGCUGCUCUUACUUUGUGUCAAAAAAUCGUUUUAUACUCCCUACGCAUUUUUAUGGGUUUUGUUGCAUUUGGGCUCAUUAUAGGAGCCUUCUACGGCAUCUUUGAGGCCACCAACUUCAGCCAGAAAAUGAGCGAGGAGCAAGGGAUCCUGGGGUUGAUUAUUGAGUAUCUUCCCUCCAUUGUCAUCACCGCUGGAAACUUCAUGGUGCCUCUGCUGUGUGACCAGAUUGCCUUAGUGGAGAGAUACUCCCCCAGCACCACCAUCAUAGUGGCACUAUUAAGGGCAGUGUUCCUGCGUCUGGUGAGUCUUGGUGUUAUCCUCUUCACCCUGUGGAGUCAGAUCACCUGCGAGGGGAACACAAGUAGUGGAGAUUGUGAAUUGUGCCAAUACAGCCAUAGAGUCUACCCGUGCUGGGAAACGCGUGUAGGACAGGAGAUGUACAAGCUGACACUGUUUGAUUUCCUCAUCAACAUCGCUGUGCUCGUCUUGGUGGAGUUUCCACGCAGGAUGCUGGUGGACAACUGGUCUAAUAAAUUGGCUCAGUGGCUGGGACGGCAGGAGUUUGUGGUUCCCUCCAAUGUGCUUGGUCUGGUUUAUGGUCAGACUGUGGUUUGGACAGGAGCUCUUUUUUGCCCUCUGCUGCCACUCAUCAACACCAUCAAGUUUUUCAUCCUCUUCUACAGCAAGAAGAUCACACUCUUCAAUAAUUGUAGACCAGCACUGAAGACGUUUCGCUCCACCACCUCCACCUUCUUUUUCCUCGUGGUACUCCUGUUUGGCUGGGGCCUGGCCACAGUUGUCAUGGUUUACAGUCUGGCUGUGAUCCAUCCAUCUAUGGGUUGUGGUCCUUUCCGUUUCUUCCCAACCAUGUGGUCGAUUGUUCCAACCUCUUUCUACAACCUCUCUAAAACUACACAGGAGUUUCUCUUUUUCAUUGGCUCCCAGGCCUUCUCCAUCCCUCUGUUUGCGUUAUCAUGUGUGGUGAUGUGCUAUUUCAUAGCCCUAGCCUCUGUCUAUGGGAAAAGUGUUGCUCUGCUAAGAGCGCAACUAAAACUGGAGGGCUGUGACAAGAAGUUCUUGGUCAAGCAGAUUGAGGAGCUGAGUCGACAGCUUCAGAUAUCAAAACACAAUGCAGGAGUACAAGACUGAAUAUAUGGAACAUGUUUGGUGUUUUCAACCUUCUCUAUCACCUUAAACCCCCCUCCACUCAAAAAUGUGUUUUGGUAAUUGUUCCUUCUCUUGUAUGUUUGAACUUCACAAUGCAGAAUGAUGUAUGUUCGGAGUUUUACAAAGACUGUGUCCAAAUUAUUCUGCUGAAAGUGGAAAGUUUCUAUGUGCUCACAUAAAAUCUGAGCUUAAGGCGCUUACCUGCGAGCAUGAUUUUUGACAUCACUAUUAGUUUUGUGCCAAUCCUGGUCCAAUAAACAACUUACACAAGUGGCAUGUGGAGACUUGAAGCCUGUUUUGCACAUGCACAGAGGAAUGUCUUUCAGUGAUAUUGGAGACAUCUUGCAUCCAGCAGUUAAACUUUUGGAAUGAAAAAUAUUUGCAUAUUCAAAGAUUCUGUAUUUUUCAGUGAGGGAGGAGGCAUAUGUGUCAUUUCAGAAUUUCAAACCAAAUAAAUUAUUAUUCAAAGCAGAGUCUUUUUAUAUAUCUGCAAACAUGUCUGGAGGGAAUCUUUUGACAUGAAACAUGAUGAGGCAUCUGAAAGGACUGUAUGCACCUGUUGUGUAUAAAGUCAGUGUCAUAUAAUGCAGGCUGGGUUUUAGCAGACAAUCUUGUAACGAUUAUCUAAAUAAAGGUGUUGUGGUUCUUGGUUCUAAACCAUGAAGUCAGUUUUCUGAGGAAAAUUUGAAAAAGUUUC